GGGAGGGGGGAUAUACUUGAAAGAGGAGGUUUUGUUCGUGAUUUAGAAUGACGGGGUGCCCUUUUUCUGUAAGUUACAAGGAAUUGCGCGGUUAUGAUUAUGAAAAGAAUAAUAAUGAAUGCCAUUUGGUUGUGAUAUCUAUGGGAUCGGGGAGGUAAAACCCUGGAAAGGAAGCGCGAUUACAACAAACAAGCAACCUAACAACACAUUCCAAAGCGCGCACUGAUUGACAUCAUGUUGUUUAUAGUAGCAGGCAGUCAGUAGCGGGAAAAAGUUAUUUAUUUCCGUAUCAGUUUUCUUCCACCUGCGUUGCUUAUAACAGACCCGCGUUUCCCCCUUAUUUCUCCUCUACUUCGUAACCUCCCCUUCCCUUCCCGGCCUCCAAUUAUCCCCUCCCCCUCCUACCCCUCCUCCCGCUUCCACCCCCAAAUUCCUGGAUACAUACCUUCCUCCCUCGCACAAGCUUCCACAAGCUCACACAAGCUCCCGCCGCCCCUCCUCCACCUCCCCUCGUGGUAGUACCAAAAAAUUAAAAAAUUAAAAAUUAAAAAAAAUAAAAAAUAAAAAAUAAAAAAAAUAAAAAUAAAAACCAAUAAGAAGUGACCUCACAUUUUCAAGGAUUUUUUGAUACCGAUGUCAGUUCCGCACAUGUCAAAUCUGCAAGCCACUUGAAACUAAAAGCUCCCCCAACCGCGGAACACAGCGAGAGUGGCGUCCCACCGCCAUCUUGUCUAGAUUUGCUCCAAUGUUUCCUUUUUAGGGAUUUUGUUCAUUAUUUCCUGCACAACUUUCUCUUCUUACUGCUGUGCUUCCUUCUGGCGUUAGAUGUUGCCACCCACCCGUGGGAAUCAGGAGAGUAGAAACGAUGUACAUGUACAUUGUACAUGUUAGAAUACAUACAUACAUACAUGUAGUUUAUUUUUACUUUUUUAAACCGGUCAAUAUCCAGAGUUCAGGAACAUAGUAUUCGGACGCAGUCCCAAGAUUUCCAGUACCAAAGUACUCCGUACCAAACACCGAAGAGGGACGGUUCGGUUCCGAGAUGAGAUUUCAAAAGAAUCUCUUUGAAGAAAAGACUAUCCGUGAGAUUAUAUUUUGCUCUGUAUUAUUUUUGUACGGUAUAGCUAUACACCUAUCUGUAUCUGUAUGUGGUGACCGGAAGAUAUACUGUUUUGGAACUACUGUUAUUAUUUUUAUCUCAUCUUGAGCGAGCGAAGCGAGUAAGCAGUGGAGACAGCAUAACGGUGACCCGAAGAAAAAGUGUUGAUAUCAACAAGGUUUUUCGGUUCGAAGCUUGGAACCUGGCGUCGUUCCCCGAGGACCAGGAGGCGGGACAGACAGGCCAGACACAAGGCGAGUCAGUCAGUCAGUCAAGUCAGCCAGUCAAGUCAGUCAAUCAAGUCAAUAAAUCAAUCAAGUCAGUCAGUCAGUCAAGUCAGGCAGGCAGGCAAGGCAGGCAAGGCAUCAAUCAUUCAUCACAUCAUUAUCAUCCCGGAGUACAACGUGGUAGUUACCGGUCUCCGUACGGCGUGUACACAGGGUACACAGCAACAGCAAGUACGGUUUGCCUUUUUAUAAGGUAAGUUAACUACUUACUCCGUACAAUGUAUGCAUUAUUAUUAUACAUACAGAUACGCAUACAGAUACAUACCAAAGGGGGGGGCGGGCUAACUGCCACCCGCCACGCGCGCUGACAGCGAUAAGUGUGUUGCGUGGUUGGUUGUUGUGUUUCUGCUUGCUGCUGUUUCUUUUUUUUCUGCGCUUUUUCUUCUUUUUCUAUUUUUUUAUUUUUAAUUUUUUUUAUGCCUUUCCUCAUCGUCUCUUCAUUAUUAUUAUUAUUAUUAUUAUUAUUAUUGUUAUUAUUAUUAUUAUUAUUAUUGUUAUUAUUAUUCUCUGUUUCUUCUCUUCAUCAUCAAUCCUCCUCCUCCACUAGCCCCAAAGCAUAUCCAUUUCCCUCUUCUUUUCUUUUUCUUCCCUUUUUCCUUUCUUUUUUUUUCUUCUUCUUCUUGCUGCCCACACUCACUCUCCUCUCCGUCCCUUUCCCCAAUUACCAUUAACGUACUGCAACGCACUCCAGCAACAUACUCCUUCUACUCCUUCUUCUCCUCCUCCUCCUCCUCCUCCUCCUCCUACUUCUUUACUCCUCCUAACUUUACUUACUUACUAUACAUACCCUCUGCCACUCCUCCUCGUCCUAUCUCCUUCCUCUCUCCCUCUCUUUCCAUCUCGAUUCCCGAGUCGUUCUUUUAACCGUCCCUAGACUCAUUCUUUCACCCUUCUUUUGUUUCUCCAUUCUUUCAUCUUUCUUUUUGUCCCCUGCCCGUUGUGCCCCGGUGGAGCCUUGUGGGAAAAACAAAAUCAAACAAAUCCCCAAUUAUCCUCCGAUUUACCUUUGAACCCCUCCCUCCCUCCCCUCCCUCAAUCCCUCCUCCCUUGUCCGCCGCGUGCGUGGUCGUUGCUCCAAGUCUGUUUGGCAGCCUCCACUCGUACCCGUCCCCAGGGUGGAGCCCCGGUAGUAGUCUAUCUAUCUCACCCUCGACCACGUCCUAACUUUCUACUGCUACCUCAUCGACCCAUCAUCAUCUCUCUCCCUCUCUCUCGCGCUCUCCACCACAACACACACACACGCACACACACACACUCUCUCUCUCUCAUAUACACACACACUCUCUCUCAUAUACACACACUCUCUCUCUCACUGACUCUCUAUCCCGCGCACACUCAUACGCUCUCUUACUCUCUCUCAAGCUGGUGGCUUAGGGAAGUUGUCUGCUGUCCGAAUUUGAUUGUCGCUGUGCUAUACGAUACGCGACUCUUAUUCGCGAAUUGGUUUAUUCCUUUCCGUUUUCCUCCAACAGCGCGAAACAACUCGCGCCACCCCCCCCCACCCCCGGUAAAUAAUUAUAUAUAUAUAUUUUUACAAGAAGUCGUCGGGGCGUUUAAGAAUCCACAAUCGAUGGUUUGGACGAUCCUACACGGUAACGGUUCGAUUUUUUCCUCUAUUUCUUUCCUUCGUUAUGGAUCCCAACAUUAGAUCGCAUGCCUCGAGGACCCCAUCGGCAAAUAUCCCGCCUCAAGGACCCCCACCUCUGUCCAAUCUGCAUCAGUAUCAGAUGCAGCCACACUACUCGAUGGCGCAACCGCAUACUCUGCCCCCGCUGCAGCAUCCACAGAGCCAUUCCCCUGUGCAUCCUUCCUAUCUAGGACAGCCCUAUAGACAUGAGAUGCCCCGGUAUCCACCCACGUCCUCCAACGACGUGUAUGCUGCGUCUUCCGCUCCUAUGCCGCCUCAUACUACCGUCAACAGCUUGCCCCCGUCUUCAUUCUUGACCCACCAUCACAUCCAGCAACAAUUCCCGUCGCAUGGCUUAUUGCCCCCGUCGACCACUUCGCCGGCCUUUCCUCAGCCCAUUGCGCCGGCUCCUCCUCGGGAUCGAAGAGCGGAUUAUGGUGGUGCUUUACCCUCCGCUUUCGUUCCAAAGGACCCACCGCGCACCCAGGUAGUUGGAUCCCAGGGCCGGAGAGGGAUACUUCCAAGCGUUCCAGGGCGGGCUGCUGCCAUUACUAACGGUGCAAACGGUACCACCAAGACGGCUAUCCCUGCUAAAGACGCGGAUGGGAAAUUCCCUUGCCCACAUUGCAACAAGACAUAUCUGCAUGCAAAGCAUCUUAAACGGCAUCUGUUGAGGCAUACUGGUGAUCGCCCGUAUAUGUGUGUUCUGUGCAAGGACACAUUCUCCCGAAGCGAUAUUUUGAAGCGCCACUUUCAAAAAUGUUCGUUACGUCGGGGCAAUCCGACAGGUGUGAGCCACUUGUCGCAUCCCCACGCUCAUCUGAAGAAAGCUCAGGCAGCGGGUAUUGUCCCCAAACCUGUUUCAGGAGAUGUCAGUAGCUCCGUCCCGACUUCUAAUGGUAUCGUCGGAACACCGUUUGGGGAAGGGGGGCAUGUGAACGGGGUUGGCAUGGCCUCUGGUCAUCACAACCCUGGAUUUACGGAUCAACGGCCUCUUGGUUAUCAGAUGCACCCUGUUGGCGGGAUGAGCCGUGGUCCUGUCGAUCAUGGAUACGCCCAAAACCAGAUGCAUCAGAGAGCUCCCUGGAUGGCUGAACCCAAGCAGAGUUCGUAUCUCGCGCAGUCUGGAACUGACACAACUGCCCAGUCGAACGUUGAUUUACCCCCUAUCGAUGCAGCUAAAUCUUCCAACAAUAUGCCUGACAACAAGCGCCCUGGCAUGCCUACCGGGCCUAACCCCGGUCAAUCCGGUGAAAUCGACUGGACAUCGAUGUUCCAAGCUGGCACUCAGGAUGGUUACAUGCAGCCAAUGUUUCCAGCUUCAGUAGCCCCCGUUCCCGACUCGAUGCAUUCUCAAGUUGAGACCGAUCGCAAGUACUACCCGGCCGCAACGAGUGGGCAACCCGAAGGUGGAUUGAAUGGACUUUAUUUAGCUUCUACUAGCUUGGGCGGUGACGGAACCGUUCAGCCUGCACGCCAAUAACGCACAGGUGCUGAAGGAUUGCUUGACGGCCGAUAACGUGAAACAUUUUCUCGAACUCUUUACGAAUUACCAAGGCCAUUGGCCCUAUUUACAUAUUGCCACUUUUAAUUUUUUAGAUGCGUACGAUGGUCUUAUUCUUGCCAUGUGCUGUAUUGGAGCUGUUUAUUCCGACCGUGUUGAACCGGACCUGGUUCGGAGUUUGGUAGCUGUUACCAAGGCUGCCAUACUGCGAACCUCCCGCAUUCAGAAUGACCUACGAACCGGCAUUGCCUCAGACCCAGAUUCUUCGAUCAAAGUGGAGCCCACUGAUGUUCCUCAGUCCUUGUCAGCCAAUGACAUUGAGGAGAUGCAGUCAAUUUUUAUGUUAAAUACUCUGAGUGUUUGGCAUGGUGAUCCGAAGCAACGAGCCGCAGCACGGUCCGAUAUUUCCUUAUUUGUUCGCUUUAUUCGUCGCUUUCGUUUGCUUGAGCCUGCGGGCCCCGAUGAUCCCUCGUGUUAUAGUUUGCUUCAUAAUAUGCCUCAUGAGAAAGCGGUUGACAUUUCCGACUGGAAUUGGCUUGCUUGGGUAGAACAGGAAAAGAGAUCUCGUCUUGUAUUCAUGUUCUAUUUAGCAGAUGCCGCCAUGGUAAUGUUUUUUAACUGUCAACCACUUCUAAAUCCUCAGGAGAUUAAGCUUCCCCUACCUUGUGACGAUGCUGCAUGGGAGGCAAGAGAUCCUCAGCAAUGCGCCGAUGCCUUGGGACUUAGAGGUCCUGAUGUUCAGGCUAUUGUGAAUGUGACUGGCAGUUGCCGGAUAAAACAGCUUGAGAUGAAUCAGGCUUUGUCCGCUUUGCAGAGUCCGGUUGUUGAUUUCCGCCGAAGAGCCACAAACGUCUACUCGAAGUUCAUUCUCAUUCACGCGCUACUUGUCCAAAUCUGGCUCGUUCAGAAACAACUAUCUCUUAACGGCGCUCCUGAGGACGACAACGACAGGACCAUAUCUGAGGGUUUCAGUGCAAGCGACAUAUAUAAUCCCGUCUCCCGUUCCGACUGCGCAUCCAUGGACGGAAUUAUCUCCAAAAACAGCCCAAGUAACGGUCACGCUAACCCCACCGACGGCAGUCCUUCGAAUGCUCCAUCAUCAUCACACGCCAAUAUUAUAUACAACUCCACAACUCAAGGUUUAAAGAAGUGGAAGCGUGUAUGGGAUGAAGAUAUGUCAAUACAAUAUCCGCCAACUCCGACCUCAACCUGGCGGUUUGGAUUCUGUCGCGAUUCUAUCCCUUACUACUGGCUCGCUCAGGCCCUGCUCUGCCCCAACCGGCAGAACGACUGGAAACUGACGCCUGAUGCACGUCUUAUACACAUUAUGACAAUGCUCCAGAAAGUUCGUGGAUAUGCUCAGACGGAUGCGGCGCAGAGGGGCGAGGGACUUGGUUCUAUUAGUGACAUUGAUGAUGGCUAUGCUAUCAAGGAUCUUACGCUUGAUAUGAAGUUAUUGUUCAGACCCAUACGGCAACAGUUCGAAGGCGAUAUAUACGUUCAACGGAUAUGAAGUCUUCACGUUAUAGCACCUAUAGCAGGGUGGGUUUUCCGGGUUCGAUUAACGGUUUCCCUCGUCCAAUAUCAUCAGGUUCAAAGGCAGGCAAGGUUAAGCAAUCCGACAAAACAAGGUACCCACGCAAACGCAAGCACGUAACGGCCGAAUCAACCCUUUUUGCGACAUUUACCGAAGGUUACGCUACAUUAUUCCUUUUGUUUAUUUCCCCAUCAUCGAGCAGCAGCACCAAUACCAAGCGCGCUGGGCCGCCGGGUGCAACCGCCACAAUCUCUUUUCAAAGGCAAAAAUCGGACGACACGAAAACCACAUUUAGCAUUUAUAGACUCGGACCGGAGCAUUUAAUUUUUUGGUUUUAUUUCAUGAAUGGGUUCACCAAAAGAAAAAAAAAAAAAAAAAGAAGGUUCUACUUUCCUUCCCCUUCGUUCUGCUCUUUCCGCAAAAAAGAAAAAAGUACCUCCGCUUAUAUUUUAUUGCAUUCAUUUCAUCCGCUUGUUCACGUUAUCGGUUUUUCUCUCAUUCCGCUCACUCACUUGAUACAUAUUCCCCACACAUAUACACCGUGUUUUCUUGCGGAUAAAGAAAAAAGAAGAGGAAGGAAGAAGAAGAAGGAAAGUUAUAUACCGGAUUAUGUUCAUGUUAAACGGCCGUCUUUUUCGAAACAUCCAGAGCACAGAAAGAACAGCAUAUACAUACAUUCUUCAUCCCCUUCAAUUACAUAGUUUUCUUUUCUUUUCUUCAUAUUCUGUUUCUGAUUUUUCCAUUGAGAUGUACAAGACCUUUUCUUUCUUUGUUUUCACUCACAUAAAAGAUUUCUUUAUUGUUCAUCAACUUUUUUCUCAUCACACUGGCUUUUUUUGGUGGCUUUGGGAGGGUUUGGUGGUUUGUGUGUGUUUUUUAUUUAUGCAUUGCUGAAAGUUUCCUGUGUCUUGUGUUCUAUUUGUCUAUUUUCCUCUCAUCUUUUUUUCUAUUUCUGUUUCUGUUCUGCUCUCGUGUUUGCUAUCUCAUCUUUCUUUUAUUUUUGCAUAUCUCUAACAAACUAUAACCAACUUCAAUAACAAAUAAAUAAACAAAAUAUUAAGAAAAAAGCUUUAAUAUUAUAUCUCAUAUUAUA